CCAUCCAAUCACAUCCCUCCAUGUUGACACGUGGUCGCGCAGGUCUGCUCUUCAGCAGGAAGAGUCUCCACAAUUUGUUUACCGUCACUGAACAUACAUUUUUACUUUUUUAAUAACAGCAUAAAUUAAUCCGUGACUCCCCCCCAGCUGCCGUGUCCAGCGCGUGAAGUGUCGCGCGCGGUUAAAGUGUGAUCCGGGUAACUGACGGAGGAGAAGCUAACCGGACAGCUAACGCUAGUUGUUAGCCCCGUUAGCUCGGUGCCGGUGACUGUCAAGAGACCGUCCUGCAGCUGGUUUCUUUUAUGGGCGAGUGAAACGUCGGCCAUGAGCGCGGAGCCGGAUGCCCUGGUCGUGGUCAACCAGCUGAGGGACUUGGCGGCGGACCCCAUGAACCGCAGGACCAUCGUCCAGGACCAGGGCCUCCUGCCGGGUCUCAUCCUGUUCCUGGACAACCCAAACCCUCAGGUGGUCUACUCCGCCCUGCUGGCGGUCCGGUACCUGGCAGAAUGCAGAGCCAACCAGGAGAAGCUGAAGGCGGAGCUAGGGAUGCUGCUGAGCCUCCAGAACGUCAUGCAGAAAUCCACGACUCCCGGAGAGACGAAGUUGCUGUCGUCUGAGAUCUACGAGCUCCUGCAGGCGUCCGGCAGCAGUGACUCUGGUCCGGCGGAGGAGUCUGUCAGCAGCCGGCGGAGAGCCCAGUUCUUCAUGGGGGCCAGCAACAAGAGAGCCAAGACCGUGGUCCUCCACAUCGACGGGCUGGACGACUACAGCCGGAGGAGUCAGUGUGAGGAGGCUCUGCUGAAGAUCAGAGGAGUCAUCAGCUUCACCUUCCAGAUGACCGUGAAGAGAUGCAUCGUCAGGAUCCGAUCGGACCUGAAGGCCGAGGCUCUGGCGUCUGCAAUCGCGUCCACUCAGGUGAUGAAGGCUCAGCAGGUGGUGAAAGCAGAGAACGGAGAGGAGGUUUUGAUCCCGUUGGCGGAGGACGGUUCAACGGAGGUGGAGCAGAACGUGGACCUGCCGGACUACCUGCCGGAGGAAGAGAGUCCAUCUCAGGAGCCCGACAAGGCGGUGACUCAAGUGGGUUCGGACCAGGAUGGGAACAGCUGGCUGGGUGCUGCCACCAACUUCCUGUCCCGCUCCUUCUAUUGGUGACCCUCUCCGUUAAACCCCCCUGCCUUUUGUCUAAGAACCAAAAUCUACCAGCUGCCAAAUUUCACCGCUGUCCGUCUCAGCCGGGGAGACAAAAGACUGAGACCGAUCCUCUUAACAGUGAGUGUAGAAACGCUGUUACAGCUGAUCAAAGAAAUAGCAGGAUUGUGGUUUCAGUUUGAGGUUUCUGUGAGACCACGUUCUCUCUGGAAAACGGUUCCAUCUGCUCUAAACCAAGUUGUCUUAAGAGACAGGAAGUGUACAGGAUGUUCCUGCCUUCCUUCGGCCUUUGUCUCGUUAUUUAUUUGACCUGCAGCUUGAUUCAGAUUUCAGUCAGUGGUGCCUUCACCUCCUCUGAGGCUGCAACCAGCUGCUGGUUCUACAAUUCAGUAUUCUCAUCGUGCAGUCGUUAACUUAUGAUAAAUAAUGCCCAACACUCUUUAGACUGAGGUUUCAUGGCCUCAGCCAGUGGAAACAAACAUUCAUCUUUUACCACUAAACAGUGACGUAACAUAUGUUUUAAGUGUCGUCGCUCAACAAGUGGACGUCUACGGUAGCUAACCGCUAACUGCUAACUCGUUACUGAGCUCCCGGAGAUGUUCUCGAUCUACUCCCCACGGUUCUCUUUACAGCCUGCUGCCGUUUGUUUAAUGGGAAGUUAUUGAGGAGGGAAAGUAGAGUAAUAAAGCUGAGCUCGGCCACUAACGGGUGAACACUCUGUGUUCGUCUGUCCGACCUGAACGUCUUUCACUGAACCAACAUGAGCUUCUUCUCUUUGUCUUGAUGUCAGAAGGUGAACAGCUGACGGUUUGUGAGCGUUUUGCACAGUUUUAUCUGAGGUUGUUUUUAAAUAGAGAACAGCUGACUGUCUGAACAGACUUAUUUAUUAUGAAAAUAUUUAUUUCCAUUUUUGUAUCUUUCUUAAAGCACGUUAUUGGACAAACAAACAAUCUUCUUUUGAUGCCUUCUUAAAGACAAAAGAAACCGGUUGAUGUUAUUUAUUUCACACGAGUUUCUUCUUCUUCUAUGUUAUUUUAUUGCAGCGGUGUUUCCUCUGAAGAGGUUAAAAUGAUCUUUAUUGACGGUACAGAUGUCUGCUGUCCUCACACGAUGCUGCUGUUUGUCCACCUGUGCUCAUGUUCCAGGUGUGCUCAUAGUUCCGCCCACACCAUAAGCAGUCCAAUCACAUUGUAGGAGCCGGCUGUCGGACGUUAUUGUCCCGAAUAUCAGACGACUGAUUGUGUUUGAACCGGAGCAACGAGAAUAAACAACGUUUAAAGUUCUCUUCUGAACAAACAAACUUUCUUUAUGAAACAUUUGUAACUUCACUGAAAUUAAAUACAAACUCUAGAAUCAAAGAUGGCCGUCUGACAUUGGUGUGGCUGUAACUGUUUGUUCUGUUACAUUAUUAAAGUCUUAUUUAUUAUG